AUGUCUUCAAAAUUGUAAGUUUAUUUGAGAGGUUACUGUAAUUUGUAUAUUUUAUAAUAUUAUUUUAGUAAUUUAGGAAUUAUAUUUGAAGUACUGUAUUUUACGUUUAAAUUUAAAAAUAAUUUAUUUGUUUCAGUUUUUCAAAUUACUGUACUUUUUAGAUUAGCUUUUUUUGCUUUGGCUUGCGUCUGCGAGGUUACGGUAGCUCAGGUGUUGUAUCAACCAUAUGUAAGUUGGAUCAUUAGUACAACAUCUUUGACAAUAACUUUAAAAAAAACUUGCAAUUUAAAGUACCACUAGUAUAACUAAUCAUUUAAGGCCGCUGUACCACCCCUAUACUAUCCAGCCGUCGCCUCUGGAUGGGUAUGGGGCAGUGGGAACCAGAAAGGUGGACCACAAGAACCAAUCCAGGGCCAGCACUCUUCUCCUUUCACAAACGGUCAGAUCCCAUCGCCUUUGAGUGAGGAAGCACCAAUCGCACCACCAAUGGCACCACCCAUGGCACCACCCAUGGCACCACCCAUGGGACAGUCCUCAGUCUUGUCACCUUCAACUCCACCCACUCCAGUGCACGCUCGUGCCCCUGCCCACGGAUCCACCUCUUUCCCACCCAUGCCCUCACCUAAACCGGUCGAUUUGAAAGAGUUUCCUCAAAUGAGCACCCCGACCUCGCGACCUCACUAA